ACCUAUUCCACAUUGAGACUCGAUGUCGACACCAGCGGUACUACUGACUGGAGCGGGCAGUGGAAUCGGGUUAUGCGUCCUCACUCAACUACUGGAAAAACAACCAACGCCACGAAUUCAAGUCCUGACAUUAUGCCCGACGCCUGAAUUGACCGCGUUGGAGACGAUGUAUGGGAGGACUCAACUGAAGACCGUCUAUGGAGAUGCGUGCGACACAUCAGUCGUGGAAAAAGCGGUCCAGGAGACGAUGGCAAAUUUUGGCGCAAUGACCCAUCUCAUCAGCUGCAUUGGAACGAUGCUGCCGGUCCAAACCAUCAGAGACGUUCCCAUGACGGAGUACAGAAAGAUCUUUGACAUCAACUACUUUUCGGUGGUCGACCUCGUCCAGCAGUCGCUGCCACACCUGACGGCGUCCAGGAAAGCCAGCAACCAAAGACCCACCGUCAUCGUCGUGACCAGCGGCGUGGAUUCGACGGUCUUGUACCGUGGUUGGAGCGGCUACUGCACGUCCAAGGCCGCCCUGACUCGGUUCAUCCACUUGCUCGCCCACGAGGAGAAAGACGUCGUGGACGUGUUUGGGGUACUCCCUCUCGUCACCAAGUCGCCCAUGGUGGACAAGAUCUUCAACGGCGAGUACGAUGAGGUGAUGAGGCCCGAGGAACGGGAGAGGUUCAACGUCUGGGCCAAAGAGGGCAAGGUCGAGGACCCGGAUCAUAUCGCCCGGUCGAUCGUCAAGGCCGCCAUGGGUGAGAUCACGGCCGAGUCGAGGGAAGUGGAGAGGAACGAUUGUGGUGCCUUGUUUAUCGGGAGUUUGUACCAGAAAUAG